CUUGGUAGGUGAGCUCCACCCUCUAUAAAUGUGCGCCAGAGAAACAGAUUCGGCAGGGGACUUUGAUGUGCAAAGCCUCUUGUAAACAUACACUUGUAAUAAUAAGCCAUUUCCAUCAAUACAAAUAUUAGUUCUCCUUUUGAUCUUUUUUAUCAACAAAAGUAGAGCAAGAAGUAACAAUAAUUGUGCAUUUUCCAUGGAUGCUUCUUCUUCUAAGGCUUUUAAGUUAAUUUCUGUAGUCUACGGCUUAUUAUUGUUAGCCUCAAAUUGCUCCGUUCAUGGCCAGUACCGGUCGAUCAUUAGCUUCGGCGACUCCCUCGCCGAUACCGGAAAUUUAGUCCGCCUUUCGAAAUCGAACAGUAACGUCGUCUCCGGCGUCCUUCCGUACGGAGAGACCUAUUUCCACCACCCUACCGGUCGCUUCUCCGACGGUCGUCUCGUCGUUGACUUUAUAGCCCAGAGCAUGGGAUUACCGCUUCUGCCGCCUUCCGUUGCGGUGAAAAACAGUAACGGCGGCGACCAGUUCAUUGAAGGCGUGAAUUUCGCGGUGGCCGGAGCAACCGCACUAGAUGUUUCUUAUUCUUUGGAAAGAGGAGUCGUUAACCCCGACACAAACGUUUCAUUGGGGACUCAAUUGGAAUGGUUCAAACAAAUGCUUCCUUCUCUAUGCAGAACUGGAUCAAGUUGCAAAGAAUAUCUCCAAAAUUCCCUAAUUCUAAUGGGAGAAAUCGGAGGAAAUGAUUACAAUCAUCCCUUUCUGCAAGGCCAUUCCAAGGAAGAUGUCGUCACAUAUGUCCCAAACGUUAUUAACGCUAUAAGCUUAGCUAUUAAUGAACUGAUUGAACUUGGUGCUCAAACACUAAUAGUUCCCGGAAAUUUGCCUAUUGGAUGCUCAGCUGCCUACCUCACUCAAUUUUCUACUAUGAAUAAGAAGGAUUAUGAUGCUAAAACUGGUUGUAUUAACUGGCUUAAUGACUUCUCUCAAAUCCAUAAUCAACUGCUUCAGGAUGAACUUGACCGCCUUCGCCAACUUCAUCCUAAUGUCAUUAUUAUUUAUGCUGAUUAUUACAAUGCGGCAAUGAGAAUUUACCGCACACCUAGUCAAUUUGGAUUUGCAAGUACCACAAGUGCAUGUUGUGGAGGUGGGGGUCCAUAUAACUAUGACUCCACAGUUAAAUGUGGCGGGGCAAGGUCAACGGUGUGUGAUGACCCUUCAGUGUAUGUUAGCUGGGAUGGAAUGCAUUUGACUGAGUCCGCAUAUCGUUCCAUAGCUUCAGGAUUGCUUCAAGGCCCAUACACUACACCCCGCAUGCAUGACUUUCUUUCAUUGAAGAGCACCUUGAGUAUGCAUGGGGAAAUAUAAAGAUGAUGAUUAUUGUUAUUUAGUUAUUAGAUCAAAGAGAUGGUUAAUUAUGUUACCAUAUAAUAUGUUCAUCAUUAUAUACUAAUACUAUACCAUAUAUAGCUAGGGGCAUUUCUCUAUCUAUUAAAAUAUAAUAUUGUACAAACUACAGAUAUGGAUUUGUUUCUACGUUUCGUAACCCAUGAAAGAGUAAAUAAU